AUGGCGAGACUGAACGAGCCCCCAGCGCCGGCAGAUAGCCUCGACGCACUUCGACGACGAUUCCUACGCCAAAACAGGGACAUCGCCCGCAUCAACUCGAACCAGUCUCUUCGCAUCCGGGGUCUGGAGAACGAAUGCGCGCGUCUUCUGUCGGAGAACCUCAACCUCCGCGGCCAGGUUCUGCACAUGGAGAAGGAGCUGGAUGAGCACAGUUCACGACGGGCCAAUGAUCAUGCGCUGCAGUUGAAGGAGAAGAUGGAGGUGCAUCUCAUCGAGUUGGGAGCCCUUCUCGCCGGUUUUGGACUCGAGCCUCCGACGAAGAAGCAGUCGCCCUCUAGACAGCGACGGGAAGGCGGGCCGCCACGGAAGUCGUUGCAGCUGCAGAAGAGGCCACCACAGCUUUCGCCAAGUGAGGCCGAGUCCUUGGCAGCACAGGAAGGCAGGCUGGCCCCUAUAUACGAAACCAAAACAUAUCCCCGUCAGACAUUAAAUCGGGAGGAGAUUCUCGCCAUGCAUGCGGAUGCCGUUGACGCCACCAAUUCCCCUGAGUUGGGACCACCUCCAAUUUCACGGCUGAUCCGCGACGAGUCCAGGCGAUCGAUGCCAUCUCCCAGCAAGGCCGCCUCCCCCGAGGCAGCGCCGGUGGGGGCAGACAGCAGAGACAGAACGACAGCUUCUCCCUCUCCCGUUCCGUCGGUCGAAUGUGGUGCAGAGAUAUUGUCGCUGCCAACACCAGAUCCACCGCGAAUGACGCCAGCCGUGGGCAAUCCAGGGAUGCAGUUGCCAGAGAUGGACAAGAAGCUUCAGCCGCUACGAGGCAAGGCCGCCAACCGAAAGCUGGUCGACUCAUCUACCGGAUCUGACCUGACCGCCUCGAGAUCCAUUCCAGCCAACGAGAGCAAUGCUGUACAGGUUCAAAGGGUCGGGUCGAAGAGAAAGUUUGCGGUGAGCGACGAGAACGCGGCGGUUCGGGGCAUGAAGGCCAACAGCAACGACAAGACCACGAACUUGGAAAAGGGCCAGCUGGAGAACAACCUACCGAUACGCGAGCUGAAGAAUCCGAAGGGCAUAAGAGACCUCGCCAGCAGCCGCAGAGGCCAGACCGACAGCAAUGGCGAGGGCAAGGGAAGGUCUGGAGCCAGAAAACCUCUCGCCACCAAGAGCACCAACGAUGAUAUCUCCUCGCCACGGAAACGUUCAAACGAAGACAUGGCGGCAUGCAAAAGCAGUAUCAACACAGACGCGAACAAGAUUGGUGCAACAGCUGGACGGAUGAGAGACCGGGUAAAGAUGUCUGUCAUGCUGGACAGCCCAGAUCUGCAACCACCUGUUGUGGUAGAGAUCAAGGUGGACGAUGUGGCCGAUGGGAAAGAGGACAGCCUUGAUAUGCCAUCUGCUGCAGCCUUGGGCCUGGAGAACAUGAGGCCGCUUUCCCCGUCUUCCCAGAGCGAUUCGAUGUGUCCCAAUACGCCACCAUCUGCGUCGUCUAUGCUCUUAUCCGAAAAGCCAACUUCUGCAUCGGCUGGGGGUCGGGAUACACCACCGCCACUAGAUAUAUCGUCGCAGGGCGAAGUGUCCCGCCCUAGUAGACGAGCACGUGCUUCUGUGAGCUAUGCAGAACCGAAUCUACGCGACAAAAUGCGGCGGCCGACCAAGGAGCUUCUCGAUGCUGUGGCUGGAGAGGGUCGAUAUGUUCAACGACAGGGUCAUCAAGGUCCGGGUGAGAUUGAGGGAGGAAAGCAGCUGUUCCCGAUGCCAGUAUUAGCUGCCGACACGCCAGUGAAACUGGAGAUGGAUCCUCCUGCGACCGAACAGCAGCAAGAAGGGCCGCAGCCGGUGCCCCUACGGGCAAUCAUCACAGACAGAAGGAAGCGAGCCCCAUUGGCCGGUGUACGAGAGGUCGAGAGCAAGCAAGCCGAACCGUCUGCCAUGGCUGAGCUUGGCCACGAGCCCGAUCCCUACGAGUUCAUGAUAUCCUCAUCGCCCCAGUCUCGGUCUAUCGAGUCAGGUGCAGUGGCGACAGAGGAGUCGCGGUCGUCAAAGGGAGCCCGACGGUCCUCUGCCGCUGUUAUUCGCGAUGACGCCUCGGCUGCAGCAGAACGCAGUGCAAGGACGUCGGCAACACGGAAGCGAGCGUCGAUGGUGGCACCAAAAAAGGCGUGCAUGCUGAGUGGCGAUGACGAUGAAGACGACCCUGCAGAUUCGUCAUAUGAGCCUCAAGUCAGCAACGGCGAAGGUGAGGCCUUGGGCACCGAAGGGCAGACCCUAUCGACAAGGGACAGAAUCUCAAGACGGAGAAGCAUGAUGUUAUGA